AUGUCGCCCGGGAUCGGAACCCGAAAUAUGAAUGCCUCGCCCAGGGAAGUGAGCAGUCCAGCGGUGGAUGCUGACGGUGUAAGCAACCAAACCUCCAAAGACGAGAAUAGCACCGACGGUCGUCUCCAGCGAGAGGAGCAGGCACUCGUCUACAUCGACGAGACUGCAGAAUUGGACGCUUUUUAUCGCCACCAUGACGGCCCCGUCGACGACGACGAGAUCUUCCAUGAUGAACUGUCCGCAGUCGAGGAUGGCCAGGAGGAAGAAGAGGAACAGCCCGAAGAUCAAGCGCCUUCGAUAACAUCGGCGGCCCAUGUCAGUGCCACUGUUGAAGAUGAUACGAGCUUACGCGCGGAGGAUGAAUCAUGGCCCUUGAAGCCGCCGACUGAUCUACCAGAAACACACCCAAACCAGCCCGUAGCCGGGUUUGAGGCCCACGUGCAUCAAAGUGCCUCGUGGAAAGACCACGGCUCGAUGAUAUUUCACUCGACCCCUCCUCAGACUACCCCGACGAUCCUCUCUGGCAUCUGUGAGUCGCCUGUAACAGGGGGUCUAGUAAAACUCCCGACGGCGAGACCGACAUCGCUCCAUCAUGGGGCGCUCGAAGUCACGCUCCUUCGUUAUUUUAUUGAUGACCUGGCGCGGUGGUUUGACCUUUGCGACCCUGAAAAGCAUUUUGAGCUGGUGGUUCCUCAGCGAGCCAGAUGGUGUCCGCCCCUGAUGAAUGCCAUCCUUGCCGCGUCGGCGCGGCACCUGAACCGUGUUCAAAAAUAUAGGAUGCCAUCAGGCAUUGUGCAUUAUGAUGGGAGACCUCUGCCGGAAUUGACCAAGGAGACCGCAGUACAUUACCACAAUGAGUGUAUCAGAGACAUGUUGAAACUCAGUCUGGAUCCCGAACAGACCCGGAACGAAAACCUCCUCGCAGCAGCGAUCAUCCUCCGCUUUUAUGAAGAAAUCGAUUCUCCGCUGCGAGACGAGGCAAAUGAUACUGAGCUCUUUUUACGAGCGAUCAACAUCUUUAUCGACGCUCAAAUCCCGACCGUGCCACUCAUUCCUCACAGCUCGCCCAUGAUUAUUAGCCCUGGUCCUUCAACAGCAGAUCUGGUUAUGAAUCACGCCACAACGCCUCCUGGCAUGAUCCAGUCCUCAUCCCCAUCCGAUAUCACCCCAACAUCGGGGACGCUUCUCGGGUCCUCCAAACGGGGGCGUGCGGAAGGUCUCUGCCAGGCGGGGUUCUGGGUGGCAUUUAGGCAAGAAAUUUACUCGGCUUUUCUCAAGCAGCGUCCAUUUAACAUGUCCUUAUCCCGAUGUGAGAUCUUCCGCUCGUUCUCUCCAGCAGAAGAUGCCGUCUGGGCAGACCGACUGAUUAUUUUCUGUGCUGACGUGCUGGACUUCUGUUAUGGGAAUAACGCGGACAACAAGGCCGGCACCGGUAUCCAUGCUGGACCCACGGCCAAAGAGAAUUGGCUGAAACUCAAAGAACUCGAAAGGACUUGGUCCGAGAUCUUGCCUGCCAGCUUCGAGCCAAUAUACUUUCGCGAGCCGAAUCGAGACCGUGGAGAAGUGUUCCCGGAGAUAUGUUAUCUCGCCGACUGCCACGUCGCCGGUGUGCAACACGUCGAGCUCGCUCGGAUCCUGCUUGCCGUCUACGAUCCCACACGACCCAAACUGGGACCGGGUCAUGUAGCAAGCAUGCGAUCCCUGAGUCAGGAAUUGAAAACCAUUGUCCUCAGAUUGUGCGGAAUCGCCGUCAGCAACAGGAAAUCUCCUCCCAGUAUGGUCACGGCCUUGCUUGCGAUCGUCGUGUGUGGCGACCACUUUGACGAUCGGAUGGAGCAGCAAGCACUUUUGGACGUCCUCGAUGAAGUGGAAAACGAACAGGCUUGGCCGGCCGGUAACUCCAGAGAGAUUUUGAAACAGUGCUGGGGCUGGUCCUAA